AUGGAGAAAUACAGUUUGACAGUGGUGACUGAAUUCAUCCUGAUGGGCAUCGCUGACCGCCCUGAGCUGCAGGCCCCAUUAUUUAGGCUGUUACCCUUCAUCUAUCUGAUCUCAACGGUGGCCAACUUAGGCAUGAUCGUCCUCUCCACGGUGGACUGCCGGCUGCAAACCCCCAUGUACUUCUUUCUCAGACACCUGGCUCUCACAGAUCUUGGUUAUUCUACAUCUGUGGGACCCAAAAUAUUAGUAAAUUUUGUUGUGGAUCAAAAUACAAUAUCCUUUAAACUUUGUGUAGCACAGCUAGCUGUCUUUCUUGUGUUCAUUGCUUGUGAACUGUUUCUUCUCUCUGCGAUGUCUUAUGAUCGCAAUGUGGCCAUUUGUAACCCUCUGCUCUAUACUUUCAUCAGGUCUCAAAGAUUAUGUCAGGUGAUGGUGGCAAUUCCUUAUCUCUAUAGUACAUUUGUGGCUCUUUUAGUCACCAUAAAGAUUUUCACCUUAUCCUUUUGUGGGUAUAAUGUCAUUAACCACUUCUAUUGUGACAGCAUCCCCUUAUUACCACUGAUCUGCUCAGACACUCAGGAAAUAGAAGUGAUCAUUCUGAUCUUGGCUGCUUUUAAUUUGAUGUCCUCUCUCCUGGUCGACCUUGUGUUCUACCUGCUCAUCCUCAUAGAUGUUCUCAGGAUGAACUCUGCUGAGGGCAGGCGCAAGGCUUUCUCCACCUGUGGGUCCCACCUCUCAGUGGUCACAGUCUUCUAUGGGACUUUAUUAUUUAUGUACAUGCAGCCUAAAUCAAGUCACUCCUUUUAUACCAUGGUUAUCCCCAUGUUGAAUCCCUUGAUGUAUAGUUUGAGAAAUAAAGAUGUAAAAUGUGCCCUACAAAGGACAUGGAAAAAGAUAUGUGUUUUUCUGCCUUACAAGCUGCAUUGA